GGCCGUUGGGGGCCGUUGGGGCGCGCCCCGCACCAAGAUGGAGGGUUUUCGGUGGUAAACGGCGGGCGGGUUGGAUUCUUUUUCGCCUCAGAAGCUUCCCGCCGCUCCCGCGGAGGGGGGGAGGACGGACCGACAGGGGCGGGAGAGGGGAGAGGCCUGAACCGGCUGCGGGAGGAAGAUGGCCGAGAGCGAGCGGUCGCCAGACUCCUCUGAGGAGGCUCUUCCGGUCACUCAAAACUUCAAGAUCCCAAAGAAGGAGAUAAACAUGGUUCCAGACAUGGGGAAGUGGAAACGUUCUCAGGCCUACGCAGAUUACAUCGGCUUCAUCCUCACCUUGAACGAAGGGGUGAAAGGGAAGAAGUUGACCUGUGACUACAAAGUCUCAGAGUCCAUCGACAAGCUGAUGGCGCUUCUGAACACUCUGGACCAGUGGAUCGACGAGACCCCUCCGAUGGACCAACCUUCCCGGUUUGGCAACAAGGCCUUCAGGACCUGGUAUGCCAAGCUAGACCAGGAAGCAGAAAGCUUAGUGGCCGCCGUGGUCCCCAAACAUCUGGAGGCAGCCGUGCCCGAAGUGGCCGUUUACCUGAAGGAGUCGGUGGGGAACUCCACCCGCAUCGACUACGGCACAGGGCACGAAGCUGCCUUUGCUGCCUUCCUCUGCUGCCUCUGCAAGAUUGGAGUCCUCCGAUCUGAGGACCAAAUGGCCAUUGUCUUCAAAGUGUUUAACCGGUACCUGGAGAUCAUGAGGAAGCUCCAGAAAACCUACCGGAUGGAGCCAGCUGGAAGCCAAGGAGUGUGGGGUCUGGAUGAUUUCCAGUUUCUGCCCUUCAUCUGGGGCAGUUCUCAGCUGAUAGAGCACCCAAACCUGGAGCCCCGCCAUUUUGUGGAUGAGAAGGCCGUGAAUGAGAAUCACAAGGACUACAUGUUCCUGGAGUGUAUCCUGUUCAUUACCCAGAUGAAGACCGGCCCCUUUGCCGAGCACUCCAACCAGCUGUGGAACAUCAGCGCGGUACCCUCCUGGUCCAAAGUGAACCAGGGCCUCAUCCGCAUGUAUAAAGCCGAGUGCCUGGAGAAGUUCCCUGUGAUCCAGCACUUUAAGUUCGGCAGCCUGCUGCCCAUCCAGCCCGUGUCGUCCUAAGAGAGGCCGGGACCGGUGCCGCCAUCCGGGAGGCGACCAGCUCAUCACCCGCUCUGCUCCGGUGCCACGGUCCCUCCACCCCUUCUGUUUUCUUUCUUUCCACGUGUCGGUCGGUUAGAGGCGGGGGAAAGGAGCCCCAGCACGAGGGCCGUAGGACCCCGGUGGGAGAAGCGUCCGAAGUUCGACCGGUCGUACUGCUCUGGCGGCAGGGUCUCUGAGGCCUCUAACCCCUCCCCUCGACCACCCCGCCUCGCCUCUCCGGGAGGGGCCGCACCCCUGCCCUGUUUCAUGUGCUGAGCCCUCUUGGGGCCGUGCGGGUGGGGAGUGACCCGUUCUGCUUUUUCCAUCAGUUUCUCCCCGUCUCCAGUUGCCGUCUCGAGUGUCGAGGAGCAGUUUCUCGCACUGAGGUGGGAAAGCCUUUGGUCGUGGCCGGAAGCCAACGCCUCAGGGUGCCCGGGGACCAGGGUUUUCCUAGGGCACAAGAACGAGGAAAAUUAGCAGGGAAGGAGAAACCCCGACGAGCCCCGGCCCCCUGUUCCCACGACUGCUGCCGGAGAUGAGCCGUUUGCCGUCCCUGUCAGAAUCCGUCGCUGGCCUCACUUCUGAGUGCCGCGGGCCUGGCGCGAGCACUAAAGUGGCCCAGGCUCCACUUUUCCAUGGGUGGCACCCUGGUCCAGCUCCAGCCUGCUUACAGCUAGUACUCUGAUAACCCAGCUCUUCCCUCUCUCUCACUCUCCUCUCUCUCUCUCUCUCUUUUCUGUUUCUCUCAGUUGCCCGGCAGGGGGGAGGGGGAAGGGUGGGUACAGCCUCCCUUUGGUUCUAGAGGGAAGGAGGGGACCACACCAUGCCCUUCCCUGAGGUGGCGGGGCUGGGGGGGAGAAGACAGACGUUCUGCUUUGUCAGCUGGCUUUUGCGGGGGGAAAGGGAGUGGUUCUUCAGGGGUUCGGUGCUUGGGUUUCCGAUCUGGAACAAGCCAGGUGGGCACAGGGUGGGAGCAGGCUGGGGGCUGGGCCGGGGGACGCCGCCAGCACUCGAAUUCCAAGUUUUCUUCCAGUGCUCUCUCUGGAGCUGGGCUUCCCAGUCUUUCCCUCACCAGCGCCCCUUCUCCAUUAAACUAUUUAAAAGUGUU